GGUGAUAUUUCAUUGGAUAACCAGGGUGCAUUAACAUAUUUGAACGAUGCAAAAGAUUUCUUAUUAAAACUAAAAGAGAAAAAUGAGAAAAAGUCGAAUGUCAUAUGUAUUGCUGGCUUAGAAAAAUGUGGUAAAUCAACAUUUAUUAAUGCUUUACUUGGCUUUGAAUUAUUGCCAAAUAAUAUCAAAAGAUGUACACAAAUUACAACAGAAUUACGACCAAUUGAUGUUGAUAAACCAAAACUGUUGGUAACAUAUGAAUUUUACAGUCAAAAAGAAUCUGAGACAUUAUUAAGAUUAUUGAAGAAAAAGAGUGAAGAAAGCGAUGAAGAAUUUCAAGAAAAACAUACUCGAAUACGUGAAAUUGCAUUCAGUAUUCAACAAAAUCAUCAGGAACAAACAACAAACACAUCUUUACAAGAAAAUACAAGUAUUCGAGUAAUCCGUUCAGACGAUGGUCCUGUAAUUGAAGAAGACGACAAUGGCGGUGGAACAACAGCAUUAUAA